AUGUGCAUGUACAGGCAGCACUGCGCGGGAUUACCCGGCAUCUGUCCCAAUGCCACCAGUACCCUGUACCUGCGCAGAACCUCGACGCCCGCGCGGGCUCCGAACAAUCCCGUCGGGCCCCGCGCGGGCGACGGUUGGUCAGCCAGCGAGCCUGCUCGCCGCGCUACUGCUCGUCAUUUCGCCGCUGGCCGAAUGGCGACGCCGAUUAGAAAUCAGCCGCCUCUCCCGCGCCGCCUCUGUCGACGAGCGGACUUUCCCCCCACCUCCCGAUCCCGCCCAUGCCAUGCCCGCAGCCCAUCUCCGGCCGUGCUCGUUUCCUCGUCUGCACCUUGGCCCUACCUCGCUCUCUCGCGAUACCUUGUCUCGCCGAAGCGUCGUCGGAACUGCCUCAUUCUUAAGAAGAAACGCAAAACCCGUGACGAGCGGCGCUGCGUCGUCGGCGGUGCGGGUCCAACCAGACAGCCGCCGGCCAACCUGCCUUGCCGCCCGCCCGCCUGCUUGCCAACCUGCUUACCUACCCACGACGCGGCUUGGCAACGACCCUCGGCGAGCCGUGGAGAGAACGGCACCGAUAAAGGCGAGCCUCCUCCAUCCAUCCCUCUCGUCGGCGAACCCAUCCAUUUCAUCGAGCGAUCCGCAUCCAUCGACGCAUCCAUCGACGCAUCCAUCGACGCAUCCAUCGACGCAUCCAUCAACGCAUCCAUCGACGCAUCCAUCGACGCAUCCAUCGACACAUCCAUCGACACAUCCAUCGACAUAUCCAUCGACACAUCCAUCGACACAUCCAUCGACAUAUCCAUCGAGACAUCCAUCAACACAUCCAUCGACGCAUCCAUCGACGCAUCCAUCACAUCCGUCACAUCCAUUGACAUAUCCAUCGACGCAUCCAUCACAUCCGUCACAUCCGUCACAUCCAUCGCAUCCAUCGCCUGCCCCCCCCCCCAGCCCGCACGACGGGAGCGAGCGUUUUCCUUGUCCCUCGCCUCCCGCAGCAUGGCCGCCGACGAGACGGAGACGCUGCUGUGCCCCGCCGUGACGUCCCCGACCAACCUCUCGGCCCUCACGACGGCGACGACGACAACGACGACGACGACGACGGCGGCGACGACGGCCGCGGCAUCCUACGCCGACCGCAAACGCAGCCUCGACGCCGCCUCGGCCGACUGGGACACCGACCUGACCUCGGCCUUUCCCUUCUCCGGCCCGAGGUCCAAGGCUCGCUGCUCCGCCGGCGGCGCCUGUGCCUCGUCGGCCUCGCACGCCUCGCCGCCUCCGCCGCCGCACGCUCGCCGAGAUGACGUCUCCGACGCCGCGAGGAAUCCGCCGCCGCCCGAGCCCGACGCCCGACGACACCCGUCAGCCGACCCGUCCUCGCCCGCCUGCGUAGGCGUCGAAGAGGCCUGCAAGCGCGCCCUGCUCCACUUCCCGACGCCCUCCAUCUCCUUUCCCGUGCCGACCCUCGAGUUCGACUUUCGCAUCGCCGUCGCCCUCAACCCGGAGCCCGUGCGCGUCGAGAACCGAGUGAAAAAGGAAAUCUCCACAAUCUCCACCGGCUCCUGGUCCGGAUCCUUUGGCAACGGCCGCGUCAUUGCCGGCGGAUACGACCUGGGCCAGGCCCGCGGCUUCCGACCCAUCCGCAUCGUCGAGGGCGCCUUUGUCCUGCAGACGACCGACGAGCCGCCCGCCAUACUUGAGAUGCGCACCCGCGGCUCCCUCUCCGGCCCUUGCGACCUCCUCGACUCGCUGCUCGGCCUGCGCCAGCCGCAGGACGUCGACCCGCGCCGGUACGCCUUCCGAAUGUUCGCCACCGUCAAGACGCCCGACAAGCGCUACGGCGACAUUGUCAACUGCGGCCUCUGGGUCGCCAGCGGCGUCUGGCGCGCCGAGCAAUUGAUCAUCGAGUGA